CCUCCACAAGCAACAAAUAUGGCUUCUCUUCCAGUUAUCGAUUUUGCUCGCUGGGACAGCGGCAAGGCUGACGACAGGGCCGCCAUCGCAGGCGCCCUCAUCGAUGCAUGCAAGAACGUUGGCUUCGCCUACAUCAUCAACACAGGUAUACCGCAAGGAGAGGUCACCAGGAUGUUCGACUGGUCUGCCAAGUUUUUUGCCCUUCCUGAGGAGACAAAGCUUCUGGCUCGUCACCCUCCUGAAGGAUGGAAGCAUCGUGGCUACAGCCGCCUCGGCGCUGAGCAAGUCAUCCAGCCCAAGACGUACGACUCCGAUCCCUCCAAACUCGCGGCCCUUCGCCGCGCCGUCCCGGACCUCAAAGAGUCCGUCGAGAUCGGCCUUGAAGACCCUCCUCGUCCCGCCCUGCAGAACCUUUGGGUUCCCGAGGACGACAUCCCAGGCUUCCGCGCUGCCGCCGUUGCGUUCUACGAUCUCUGCCGCGACUUUCAGACGAGCAAGCUGUUACCGGCCAUUUCGAUGGGCCUCGGGGUUGACAGCGACUACCUGGUCAAGUAUCACGCGUACGAGGACAGUCAGCUGCGGUUGCUGCACUACCCCGAGGCCCCGGCCGCCCCGUUCGCGAGGGGUGAGCUGGGGAGGGUGCGCGCGCACACUGACUACGGGACCUGCACAUUCCUGUUCCAGGACGAUGUCGGUGGCCUUGAGGUCGAGUCCGCCUCGGGGGAAUUUGUCGCCGCCACACCGAUGCCAGGUGCCGUCGUCUUCAACGUCGGUGAUCUCCUCAUGCGUUGGUCGAACGACACACUCAAGUCGACGAAGCACCGCGUCUGCCCUCCGCCCGCAAUCGAAAGCGGAAACCGGCACGAAGCCUUCAUUCCAAGGCGGUACUCCAUCCCCUACUUCAUUGUCCCCGACUUCGACAAGACGAUUGACUGCAUCCCCAGCUGCUUUGGGCCCGACAAGCCCAAGAAAUACGAGCCUGUCAACGCGGGCGAUUACAUGGCGAUGAGACUGAACGGGUCUUAUUGAGGAACAAGCACUUUGUACGAUAGGCAUGAUAGUACAGUAUUCAGUGUUUUGUAACCGUCCGCGGUAUUCGACAAUCAUGAAGGCAUAUCGUUCAUAUAGUCGUGAAAAAGGACAUUCAUGUUAGGCAUCGAUUGUAAGAGGAAAUUCCAGUCAAGCGAAGCCGUGGCAGGGCGGGAAGAGCCCUGUACGCCACGAAAGUCGCCGUGAUAUCCGCUGGUCCUGGCCUCGACGAAGAGAGGCAGCACAGAUGCCACCUGCCCCCAUCCCUGGUCCGAGCAGUUAACCCCGAUCACUGUAUCGACUUUCGGGAAGAAUCGCGCAAGGAACGAGG